CGCUCAACCACCAGCGCCCUCUCAGCGCUGCCGCACCACCACCUUCCACCGCACUCCGAGUGACCUGUCCGUCGCUCGACCACCCCGGCGCUACUCCAGCAGAGCGCCGCCCGCACCACCGCAAUCAUGGCUCCCAAAAAGAAGCAAGAGAAGAUGGCCUUGGGCGACUUCUUGACCAACCAAUCGCUCGGAUCAUGGGCCGACGAGAUGGAGUCGGCGCCUCUGCCCUCCAUGCCCGCAUCCUCCGGCUACGGCACUCGCGAUCGAGGCGAUCGAGGCGACCGGGCCCCACCAGGAGAAGGACGCGCAUUCACGACGUCGUCAUGGGAGCGCUCAGCGAGCGGAAUUGGCGGAGGCGGAGGAUUUGGCGGAGACCGCGGCGCUGGAGGCAUGGGCCCGCGCGGGUCGAUGGACGACCGCCCACGCUACGACCGCGACCCAAUACCAUUCCCUACGAAGCCUCCGUACACAGCCCACCUCGGUAACCUGGACUAUAAUGUGACCUCUGUCGAUCUCGAACAAUUCCUGGCCGACUGCAAUGUGACAGUAGUAAGACUCAUGGAGGACAAGAUUGACCGUAAGCCAAAAGGCUUCGGCUACGCAGAAUUUGGCUCGCCAGAGGGCCUGCAGAAGGCACUCGAUAGAUCCGAGACCAACUUUAUGGGCCGAAACAUCAAAAUCAGCGUGGCUGAUCCACCGAGAAAUGAUCGCGCCGACUCGAACAGAGACUUCUCAGACUGGAGCCGUAAAGGCCCCCUUCCUGACCUUCCUUCGCAGGGACGCCAGCCAUCGCGCGGCUUCGAGCGUCGAGGACCACCGGGUGGCUUUGAUAACAUGUCUGACGCUGGCAGCGAGCGGGGCCCAGGCCGUCGACCAGGUUUCUUUGAAGGCGAUGGCAAGACACGCGACUUUUCGAACUGGGAGCGCAAAGGUCCUCUGUCCCCUGUCCCUGGCCAGGGUGCACCACUCCGUGAUGGUGGUCGAGUACGUGAGGCAGGAGGCCCUCGUGGCGACAGGGGUGGCGCAAGCUGGGGCGAAGGUCAAUCGGAUGCCGGUUCAAGACCUCCCCGUAGAGAGUAUGAGCGUCCUCAAGCACCCGAGCGUACGCCCACCGCUGCCGAAUCGGACAAUCAAUGGCGAUCAAAGAUGAAGCCGGAUGCACCAGCAACACCUGAUGUCUCAACGCCAACUUCCCCAGCACAAGAAGCCCCCAAGGAGCGUCCACGGCUAAACCUUGCAAAGCGAACCGUGUCCACCUCAGAGGGUGGUGAAGCAGGUGGUAGCACUCCAUCUGACGCCAAGGCCUCACCUUUUGGCGCUGCUCGUCCUAUCGAUACGGCUGCCCGCGAGAAGGAGGUCGAGGAGAAGCGACAGCUGGCAAUCCGACAAAAGGAGGAAGCUGAUGCUAAAGCACGAGAAGAAAAGGCUUCCAAAGAUGCUGACCAGAGAGCAGCUCGUGCAGACCGCGCCGACCGUGGUCAGGCUGCAGAGAAGGCGGCCCCAGGCGGAGACGCCCGCAACGAGCAACGCCGCCCAUCUCGCCAACAGAACGGCGGAAACAGCUGGAGGGGCAAGCCACGGGACGGCCAGGACGGCAAACAGAAUGCCAAAGAAAACGGCGACGCAGCACAGAAGGAGCGGCCAAGCUUCAGCGUGCUGUCAGGCGAAGGUGAGGAGGGCGACCUGGACGCACCCGACGCUGACGCAAACGGCACUAUCGUGGCAGACAAGGAGGUCAAGCCACAAGAGCCUGUCGUUGUUGCCGGCGAGGCCACCGAAACCACCGCAGAGGCCCUCGAGGACGAUGGCUGGAGUACCGUUCCAGCUAAGGCCAAGAACAACCGCCGCGGAGGAGGUCGCGCCAUUGCCUCUUAAUGAAUACGCUUCACGAGAUUCACGAAAAACUUUUGUGUCUUUACUAUCUGCAUAGCGGAGUGGAGGCGAAAAAAGAAUGCGAAAGAACAAAAGAAACCGCAAAAGCGUCUGAUUGUCUACUGAUCCGUUCAGUCUCCUGAUCUGCACGUCUCGUGUGUCUGGCUCAGAAACGGAUGUCGACUGCAGAGACAGGAGGUAGAAGAGCAGGAGAAGAGGGAUCCGAUUCCACUUGAUGGCGUUGUGUACUGUCGGGCUGGGCUGGGUAUACCUUAGUGUUUGUUGCGCGCGCGCUUUGGCAAAAAGGAUGCAUGGGUCUGUUCUUGGUCGCUAGGCGAAGCAAAACGAAGCAAAGGGAAAGCAGUGCAAGGUCAGACAAGGCAAAGCAAAGGCUGCAGCUACGAUGCAAUGCACAUCUACUGCUAGGAUGCAAUAGGCGAUGAAUGCGUGUUGUCUGCUGCGUGUAUAGCAUAUACCCUUCUCUACCUUCCUACACAUUCCAGAUCGCUUACUUCAUUUUCUUCAGUGCACGCAA